GAUUUUUAUUCCAAUUUUCUGAUUCAUUCUCAAUUACACCCUCCAAUUUAAGGGAAGAUGUUUUUUCACAUAGUAUUAGAAAGAAACAUGCAAUUACACCCUCGCUACUUCGGUCGCAACGUCCGUGAAAAUCUUGUUUCUAAGCUUAUGAAAGAUGUCGAAGGCACUUGCAGCGGUCGACAUGGGUUUGUGAUUGCAAUAACAGGCAUUGAAAAUGUUGGAAAAGGGUUGAUCCGAGAUGGUACAAGCUUUGUUACAUUUCCAGUGAAGUACCAGUGUGUUGUGUUCAGGCCAUUUAAGGGGGAGAUUCUGGAAGCUGUUGUUACGAUGGUAAACAAGAUGGGAUUUUUUGCAGAAGCUGGGCCAGUUCAAAUUUUUGUUUCGAACCAUUUGAUACCAGAUGACAUGGAAUUCCAGUCUGGAGAUAUACCUAACUAUACAACUUCAGAUGGAUCAGUUAAAAUUCAGAAGGACAGUGAAGUGCGACUGAAGAUAAUUGGGACUCGUGUUGAUGCCACAGAAAUUUUUUGCAUCGGUACCAUAAAAGAUGAUUUCUUAGGCGUGAUAAACGAUCCUGCAGCUGGUUAACGGAAUUUUUGACGAGAAUUUGACUGCGCCAAAGUAUCUGCCUGCUAUUCAUCAUCAGUCUCUGUUUAUUGCUGCUUGUACAAUCUCAGGGCGUCGUUGGAUUCACAUUGCUAAAUCGUUACAGAUUUCAUCUCGGGGCAACUGUAACAGCAACUUCUGAUAUAGUACCAUUUCAUUGAUGUAUAAAACUUGUCCACAGAUCUGCUGGAGCCAAGAGUUGAAAUUAGAUUUAGUUUUUCAGUCCAACAUUGUCCUGAUUUGAAUUUUGACAGCUCUAAGCUAGAUUUUUAAACUUGAUAGUUUUAUUUCAAUUUGAAAAGUUUGUUUUA